AUGGGUGGCGUUGGGAAGAGCUUUGACGCAGCUCCCAUGAACGGCGCCGUGGACUUGACCAUCACAGUGGUCGACCCUCUAGCUCUAAGAAAUAAACUUACUCUUGUUUUGAUUGUGGGCAGUAGCGCGCUAUAUGUAGCGAAUGCUCCAGUAAAGGCGGGGAGAGAACCUGACAGCGGUACUGCGGGAAACUGCGCCGUCAUCUACCCCACUCAAAACUGGGCUUUCGCUGAUGAUGACUGUGGGACAAAACGCGGUUAUCCUAUUUGCUCAAGAACACCACUGCAUGGACAUUGUGGGCAGCCAUUUGUGUUGGUGGGCACGCAAUGCGUCCACGUUAUCCAGGCUGGAAGUACUUGGGCUGCCGCACGCACCCUGUGUGGACUGCUUGGUGGAGACUUGAUCAUUCUAGAUGACUGUCAUCAGUACCGCAAGGUCUACCUCUACCUAACCGAGAAAGGUUACAAACCGGUUACAUUUUGGAUCGGUGGCUCAGAUCUCGCCGUGGAAGGGCAAUGGCGCUGGAUAGACGGUUCGCCGAUGGCAAUGGGUGUUCCAUACUGGGGCAAUACUGGUGCAGGAGCUCCAGAACCCAACAACCCCGGAGUUGAGAACUGCAUGGAACUCAGUUCUGCAUGGAUGUACCGCUUCUCCAACACGCUGUGCAACAACACGCGUCGGGUGGUGUGCGAGACCCAUCCCCUCUAGGGGAAAUAUUGAGACG